AGAAGAUGAGACCAUUCUUUUCAUAUGAGCACCACAUUCUCUCUCUCUUUAUACACUUGUAUAUAUAAACACGCAACGACCUCUUCUCAUUAUCAAGUACCAACUCAUAUUCUCCAACAAAAAUCAUCAAUACCACAAAGAAAAGAUAAUGACAAAAGUUCACCCGAAGUUCCAAAACACUUGCCAGGAAAGCUUGUAUGAUAGUAAAGAAGCUAUCGUUUUAACGGUGUGGAAGAAGUCCCUUCUCUUCAACUGUGAUGGCUUCACAGUGUACAACUCCAAUGGAGAUCUUGUCUUUAGGGUCGACAACUACAUGAACUCUCCUAAAGAUAACAUAGUCCUUAUGGAUGCUUCGGGCCUACCCCUCCUCUCCAUCCGCCGCAAGAAGUUGAGUCUCGGAGAUUGCUGGAUGGUAUACGAUGGAGAAACACAAAGAGAUCCAAUAUUUACGGCAAAGAAAAACGUUGGUAUAAUGACAAACAGGAGGAGCUUGGUGUCAGUUAGCUCGAAGAAGACGGUACUAUACGAGAUAGAAGGAUCAUACAGCCAAAGAAGCUGCAAAAUAUUGGACGAGAAGAGGAACAAGAAGAAAACAGCGGAGAUCAAGAGGAAAGAGGCAAUGGUUGGAGGAGUCGCCUUUGGCAAAGAUGUGUUUAAACUUAUAGUUGAACCGGAGAUGGAGCCUCGUGUGGCCAUGGCAUUGACCAUCAUCCUCGACCAAAUGUUUAGAUAUUGACUUUUCAUUUUCAAGCUUUUUACGUAUAUAUGGCCUCUCUUUUUGUCAUGUAAUUUGUGCAUGUGUCCUAAUAGGGACGAAAACGAAUCGGAUAUCUAUGUUUUUGAAGAUAUUCAUUAUCUCUAUCGUUUUGUAUUGAUCAUAACUUUUAUGAUUGGUAUUUCCCCAUUAUUAAUGUUUAACAUAUGGUAAAA